AUGUCUCGAAUACGGUUAUCAGUGCUAACAGUGUUCAGUGUUAUCGUCAUUCUAUGUUUAUUGACGGAUUCNAGACCGAAACGUGUUCACGAGUUAAAGCACUCUUCCAAUAGACGAAAUCGAGAUCGAGGUAGCUCUCGUGGAGAUCGCACGCAUCACGGCAAACGUAACUCGCUCAAGGACGAUGAAGACGACGACGACGACAAGGAUGAUGAUGGUAAAUGGCGUUUUAUGCAUGUAGCAGCUUCUGAUACUUCUCGUCUAUCUGGGACUGUCAUUCUGCUUGUGGGAACCAGCUGGUUGAUCGUGCGCCCAUGA